AUGGAACAAACCGUACUUAUCUUGGCCAUUUUGGUCGAACGAGUGGCUAUGUACGGAAUUAGCGUUUUCGGAAUCAUUGGCAACUCUAUCAACAUUGUAGUUCUCAACCGUCAUGGCUUCCAAGACUCGACAAACAUAAUUCUCGUUUCGCUGUCGGUUUCGGAUCUGUGCUUCUGCAUCUUACUUCCGGUCACGAGACUCGGCAGCAUGAUCAGCCAUUUUGACGAAGUCCUAGCCACAAGUGCACAUACCUUUGUGACCGUCUUUUUCUUUAUGCCAAAGUUUGUCUUUCUCGGGACUAGUUUUUGGUACGUCGCUUUGAUCGCUGUAGAACGUUACACUGCAGUUUUCUUUCCAUUCCACGUUUCCAUAAUUUUUACCAAAACACUGAUCAAAUGUCUCGUUACAGCCAUAUUUCUUGCCAGCGUCCUCACAAUUUCCCCAUCAUUCUUCGCUUUGAAUUACAAAUUUGUUUAUAACGUCAAUUAUAACCAGACCACUGCAGUAAUCGUGUACACUAACUUUUAUCGGAAACAUCACAGCAUCAUAGACUUUUACGUAUGGGUAGGACUCACAAAUAUCUUCUGCUCCAUAAGCGCAAUUGUAGUUUUAUAUUGUUGCGUGGCAAUAGUAUAUCGACUUUCCCAAGCUUCGUCAAGACGCUUAAAGAUGACAUCUAACACAACAGGGUAUGAUAUCAAAGUGGUGAAGAUGCUUGUAACCGUCUGUAUCAUUUACCUGUGCGUUCAAAUCCCGUUAAUCGUCAUGUAUUCCUACUUUCGUCCGGAUUUCAUGUUUCGCACGCCAGUUCAUCAAUUGUUCAACGACAUUUGCGAUAUUCUCUGCCUCGUCAAUGCGUCGGCUAACUACAUUGUUUAUGUAACGAUGUCGGCAAAGUUCGCUAGAAACUUACCGGGCGUUGAUGGGAUGCUCAGUGCCAAAGUAGAUCAGAUCGACAGUUGGAUUAUUCAGGCGGGAUACGCUCAUUCAAGAACCUACAGCGCAGAACCUGCAAGCGAGCUGAAGUAA